AUGGCUAACAACAUCGUGCCGAGCUGGCACGACUUCAAUGGCCAAUUCCUAGCUUAUAUCAUAGUCUGUGGUGUUCUUGCCGUCUUCUUCCUGCUAUACUUUAACAGAGUAUUCGCCUCCAUCGUCUCGUACAUCAUUCGCGCCUACACGUGGCAUAGAUACCGGGUCUACAUCGAUAUUCAAGCGUUGCAGUGGUCUUUGCUCGGCGGUCGCAUAUUCUUCACCGGCCUUCGAUACCACGGAAAUAACGAAACGAUUAUUAUUCAAAAUGGACACCUCACCUGGUCUUACUGGUUGCGUAGGGUGCGAGACGUUGGAGUCGGCGCUGGGGAAAGGGAUGCAAAGUCUCGGGACGGUAAAACGCUAAGCGCUAGCAAACUUCCUUGCCGUGUCAAUAUUGCCGUGUCUGGGUUGGAGUGGUUUGUUUACAAUCGCAGCGCUGCCUACGAUUCCAUACUCGAUGCGAUGACUGUUUCCCUCCAAUCCGAACAUAACAAUACUAUAGACGGGACUGAAAGUAUCGCAAAUAGCUCAGUCAAACCGAGACAGCGGCUUCACAAAUCUUCCGAGAAGGAUGAUCAGUCUAAGGAGAUUGGCUUGGGUUUUAUUGACGAGAAAGAUGGCUUCGAAGCCCACAAGAAAAGAGCCUCAAGCUCGACGAUCGAUGCCUCGAAUGAUGACCACGAAACGACAGAUAAGGAUGAUCUCCCUUUGAUGUUGCAGUUGUUUCCAAUACAUUUUGAAUGCAACAGAGCGGCUCUUGUGAUGGGGAACGAAAAUACCAAAUCAAUCCUAAUCGUAAAGACCCAGUCCUUGUCAGGAGAGGCGGAUGCGACCGACACUCAGACUCCUGAUCCCUACCAGCAAGUCUUCAAGAUCGAUUUUGAAAAUCCGGUGGUUGAAAUGAAAGAGAAUGAUGGUUUCAAGGAAGAGCAAUUUGCUAGGGCUAUCAAAGAUGAGCAAGUAGCAAAAGGAUCCAGUCCCGUCCAGAACCGACCGUCUUUUCGAAAACAGCGUCGCAAAGUGCUCGGGCAAUUACGAAACUUGAUUCCAUAUUGGAGGAAGUCUGUUGAAUCGUUCUCGGUGAAUUCGCAAGAUGGUGAAGAAGAGUCGAAGGAAACACGUAUCCCUGGUUCUGGUCAGUGGCAAGGGCUUUCUCGAUAUCUCAAUGAUGAUGACGAAGAUGACAGGCUUCGAUGGUCUUCGGUAGAGUACGGAAGCGUGAAUCCCGUGGCCGAAAGCCCUGGGGCUACACUAACGAUACUUUGGGAUGUUCCUGGGAAAGUUGCACCGCGGGACAUAUUACGUCCUAAGAGUGAAGACGGUUCUUUGGAGGACAUCAACGGAACCACAGCACCAGCUUGGGCCAUUAAGCUAUCCUUGAAAGGUGGCGCAAUCAACUACGGACCCUGGGCAGACAGGCAACGAGCCGAAUUACAGAGGGUAUUCUUUCCUGGUGUAUGCAAAGAUGCGAAGCCUGCACAGAGAUUAUUCCCUGGUGCAGACCGUGUGCCUACGCAGUUCAACUUCUAUUUGGAACUUGAUGAAGAAGUUGUGGUUAGAGUUCCCACGCGCGAAGAUUCGAAGAAUUGGAAGUGGAAAAAAGAUCCGCCAGAAUCAAAAGAGUAUCGCAAACAAGGAAAUCGGCGAGAACGAGGGCGUAAUCGAAAAUCCGCUGCGGCUACAGCAGCGGAGCAACGCCCCUGUGGUUGGUUAGAUAUCAAGGUUGCGCCAAAUGCUACAGUUUCGUAUGCUAUGGACAUGUUGGCGAAAUCCACUGGAUAUACGAAUACAUUAAAGAUUGAUCUUCCAACAACAGAAGUUUCAACCAGUGUCAAUCAUGGACUCCUAUGGAAAUCCGGGCGUCAACAAAUUUCCUGCGACUUGUCUACGCCUCUUAAAUGGAAUGGCCUCCGAACCUGGCGGUUUGAUAUCGAGAGUGACGAAUUCGAACUUUUCAUUCUAAGAGAUCACAUAUUUUUACUCAUAGAUCUUAUAGAUGACUGGGGAAGUGGUCCGCCUUCCGAAUAUCUCCUAUUCACUCCGUUCAGAUAUUUAUUGAAUUUACGACUUCGCAACUUAAACCUUUACCUCAACAUUAACGACGUGAAUAUUGUCAACGAUCCCACCAAAUUUGACGAAAACACGUAUUUAGUUCUAUCUACCCCGUGCUUAGUAGCAGAUACUUGCAUCCCGAUAGAUAACUAUCGCCCUGCGACGAACGCGAUCGGUUUCCAAAUUGCAGUUGAUCCCCCACAUCUCAAUCUCCAUGUGCCUCCAUGGAAUACCCAGGCAACAUUCAUGACUUCGAAAGAGAUAGGACACUUGGAGAGCCUGACCAUCGAAGGGAAAUAUCAUUAUAACUCUACAACCUCACCCGCGAAUACCGAUACGCUGACUCUUGAUGUUUCUGGACAGUCUCCCACUGUCUACCUCUACGGCUUCCUUGUUCGUUAUUUCCUGCAAAUGAAGGACAAUUACUUCGGCGACCAUGUUCAUUUUAGGACCUUGGACGAAUAUCAGGAAACCCUCCGGGCAAAAGGAGCUGAUCCGGAUGCCCGAUCUGCAGACCGCCCUCCACACAAGAAAUCGAAUGAUUUAGAUGUCAUAUUGAGUAUCCGUGCUGAUGAACCCAAGAUAUUUUUACCCGCAAACAUGUAUUCCGCUAAACGUAAUAUCCCUAUUGAGGCAGCCUCAUUAGCUCUGGAUCUCCGUUUCACCAAUUAUUACAUGGAUCUCGAUUUGUGCCUUAGCCCCCUAAGUUUAUCUCUUGGGGAUGAAGACGGAGGUGCAUCUAGCCCAACGAGCACAAUAUCAAGCACUCAGCUAUUUGUGGAUGGUCUCGAUAUCCAUGGCCAUCGUCUGUUCGGUCUACCACCUACUGAACCGACAUAUCUGUGUAAUUGGGACAUAAAAGCCGGAUCUGUUACCGGGGAUUGUUCAAGUGAUUUUCUGACCACUCUCAUGGCGGGAGGCAAAGCCUUUGGUUUCACUCUCGAUGACGAUGAGAACGCAUUGAUCCCCUAUUCGUCCAUAGUUUUGUAUGAUGUGACCUUCUUACGAGUCUUCGUUGAUUCAAUUCGUGUUUGGUUGCAUGUGGAUGAAGCCGCCUUUUUAUUCUCUACGGGAACAAUCGAUGUUCUUUUCAAUGAUUGGGCCAGGACACAUUACUCCAGACGUGCUGACGUUAAGGUACCUGAUCUUGAGAUCGCCUGCGUCAACUCGGAGUCUGCUGCGAGACACAGGUCGCGACUCCGUCCUCAUGUUGAUACCAAUGUGUUUCUUCGAACGAAUGUACAUUUUGCGCUUAUCGGACGGAAAUACGACUUCGCGCAGGAAAGGCGGUUGCAACAAGAACUUGUACGCCGUCAUGACCAACGAACACACCGUACCGACUUUUUAUUACUUCUGGGUCUUCGAGAUGAUUCGAACCCCGAUGCUGUUGAUAUUCCUGCGCAGAGUGUUCCGCCGAUCCCUCAACCAGCGUUGUCUGGAGCUGUUGCCGACAAGGAGUCAAUAUUAUCCUUAGAUUCUUCACAGCAUUCUACGAGGCUUCGUCAUAAGAAUUCAUUUCUUUCGUUAGCUAGUUCGAACAACGGUAGCGUUUUACGGCCAGGUUCAAUCAGGGCUACCCAACGAUCUCAAGCUUCUGGCCGUGCUGCUCCGGAUUCUAUGGUACUUAGGGGUAGGGAACCAAAGCACAACAUUAGCCCUCGGGACAAUUCGGCUUCGGCUGCGCGCCAUUCGGCACCCCUUAGUGCCUAUAGUGAGACUGGAGAUAGGAGGGACCACCCCCAUACCAGCAUCAGUUUUUCGAGUCAAUAUUUUGCCCCCUUCUUUCCUCUGCAGGGCGUUCGACCAGAUGCGAAAGAGGCGAUGUUACAUUCCGCCAACGAAGACGGAAAUGAAGACCUACUAAAUUCUUCGGAUUUUAGUUUGGAAAACUUGCACCCUGAUCAAUUAAGUCAGGAUUCUGCUCACCAGAGUCUCCUCCUUGAACUUCCCUCUGGAGUCAACGUGUUCCUCAAUGCUCCAUCUUUGCGGUGUAUAGCAUCAUUGAUACGAGCCAUAUCGCCUUCUGACCCCGAAGAUAUACUAGACACUCUGCAAAUCGGAGCAGUCACGAACAUAUUCGAUGCGGAAAAGCAAGCAAAGAUAAACGGGUCGAUCACAGAUUUCAUCGUGCGACUCCCCCAGGCGAAUGUGCGUUUUCUCAAUUGCUCCAAUGCUGACCCCGCCGAUUCAUCGCAAGAGCCACAAGAUCAAUACGAUGUAUCGCUUAAAACUCUUGUGCUUGCUGCUCGAUCCGGAUCACGGGCCGAUGCGAAUGAUGAUGAUUCUGGCGGCGGGAACUCUCGAAUGGCAUUCCAUUUCCGUCUAGCGUCUUUAGAGCUUUCGGCGGCUGAGAGACUUUCUAGUUUGGACCAGACGCAAGCUGCCGUGUUAGCUCGGAUAGAAGGAGUUUCGGUUUAUAUGGGCUCGAAGGACGUAAAAUAUGUCGAUGCAGAUGUCGGUGCGGUCAAUGUUUCUUCGUCUUCGGGCAGGGUUGAAUAUCUUGCUUCGCUGAUUCACAGGACUGGUGUGCUUGCGUCUGACACGGCGAAGUGCUUCUCUAACACCUUUUCAACUGCGGAUGAACGUCUCAAACAAUUUACAUACCGCGUCAUAACUGAAGGGUUCAGUGCGAGUGACGCUUCUUUUGUCGUCCGGCCUUCAGCUAUCUUGCGAACAGCAACUAAACACCUUAGAACCUAUGAUUCUUGGAAACUCGUUACCAGAUUGCGCCAGAUGUGGUCUACGUUGGAUCCCGAUACAAAGGAGAGCUUAAGACGAGAUUGUCUAUUCGGAUUUCAAAAUGAAACCACCGAUUUGAGACAUCAAGUCACCGCAGCUUUUGAGCGAUGGCGGAGUUGGGAUCUGGAUGACCCAAAACAUGCAGUACUCCUAGACAACAUCUUUGGUAAAGCGUCUGAAUCGAAUAAGCAACCGUCCGAUCAAAUACCCAUCAGAGCCGUGGCCAAAAUUCAAGAGAUACAGCUCGUCCUCGAUCCUGGCCCUAAACAGAACGAAAUUUUCGUAUUAGAUCUCAGCAUGAGAGUUCAAGAGGAAUUCAGCAGCCGCGAGAUUACCAAUGGGAAAUCUAUCGACUUUAAAGAGCCGCUCACAAUCGUUAAUAUACACUGCGGCGAUGCAGGUAUUAAGUCGAAUUGGGAGCUUUGUGAACUUGCAGAUGACAUUCUUCGGCUUUACAAGAAGGUUGAUUCUUCAAAAUCUGAAGAGCUGCAGGCUGAACAGCAGGACAAACACGAACCUGCACCUUCUCGCCCACUCCACGUAGUAUUUGUACUAGCAGAAGGCCUGAUCUCUAUCGAGACGAUUAACCUAAGUGCUAAGCUUCAGAGUUCUAAUCUCAAGCUCUCGGCGCUUAUGACCAGCGGACUACGUGGAACCACGAAUUCGAAUAUUAUCUUAGGAUGCGAAUCGGCUUCCGCAAGAGUUAAGAGCCAUUCGCAAGUUCUCACGACUUUCCAACUUCAACGUCCGAGCGUUAUUGUUGCACAUGAAUUGCAGUUCGAUAAGCAGUCCUCAACUCAUACGAUUAGAUCAGCCGCCAGCAGUCAGAAUCUAGAAUUUAUCAUAAAGCAAGACCCCAUUGUGUUGGCCGAGGUUCUAGAUCUGGUAGUGAGAGACGAGGUCGCCCAGCUCUAUGCAUUAGGACAGAGACUCCCUUCAGAACCUAGAGUAAAGCCUCAAGAGCGCAAAGGAGGGCGACUCUCCAGUUUCCGAGUCAACCUGGCGAUGUUUCUGGACAAAUAUACUAUUACGAUACCGUUGCUUCAGUCUCUAACUUACACCAUCUCUGGUCAAGUCGCACGGGCAAAUAUGGAUGCUAAUUUUGGCAAGGAGGUGAUACUUGAUUUUGACAUCAAAGAAAACUUUCACAACAUACGAAUCAAUGUGAACAAAACGCCCCGUAGCAUUUCCUUGUUGGAAAUUCCCCCAACGAACGGCCGCAUAACCAGCCAUAUGUCUCCAGGAGAACAUUCAGUCACAGCGAUAUUUUCGCUGGAACUUAUACAACUGGAUGCCUCAGCUGUCUAUAGUUUGCUCACCGCCCUCAAUCGCCCUGAGAUAUCAAACGCUAUCAACGAUAUUCAAGAACAAGGCAGAAUUAUACAAGAGCAUAUCGAGGAAAUCUUUGGCACUACGAGGGCCGAAAUAGAAAAGUCGGCAUUACCAGAACCCAACGAUUCCAAGUUGGUCUAUGCGGUUCAUGGUAGCCUUGCUGGGCUCCAGAUAUGGGGCAACGCACCUAUUAAAUCGGAUUCUGAACCAUCGGCGCGCUUGUCGUUCUGUCUAGAUACAGUCCUAGUACAGCUUGCAAAUAAGAGAGACGGGGGUCCAAUUUUGGAAAACCCAGAAAUACAUAUCAAUCUUCACCAGAUUUUGUUUAAUAUCGAGAAAGGUUUUGAUGAGGAAAUGAGAUCCUGUGGCAAUCUUGCCUUCGGCGCAUUGAUUACCGCCACAACUCGCGAGUCAGAAGAUGGAAAGGAGAUGAGAUCGUUCGACUUCAAAUCUAACGGCUUCGAGGUAAACUUCUCAUCAGACACCAUAUCAACGUUCAUAGACGUGUUCGGCUACAUGGGUGACAAGAUCAAGGACAUUGAUACGUCGCGCGAGCUUGAAUAUCUGCGAAAGUUAAGACAGUCUAAACCUCGAAUUGCGAUUAAUGACGAGGAGCAAGAAACGGAAAGCGAUAUCCUGGACUCAUUCCUCUCUUCCAUCAUGUAUUCAUUCGAGAUUCGGAACAUUCAACUUUGCUGGCAGAUUUCUACCGUAAACCAACCUACAACAGGACAGGAGGACCUAGUUCUAUCAUUCCAACGAAUUGAAUUUGCCACGCGAAAGAGGAGCUCGGCGAAGCUGACUAUUGAGGAUUUCCAAUUACAGAUGGUUCCGCCGGGCCAAGAAAAAACCCGCCGAUCACUUAAUUCGGCCCUCCUACCAGAAGUGAUUUUCAACAUUGCCUUCGUUUCAACAGCCGACGCUCGCCGUCUAGCCUUCCAAGCGGUGGGUAAGUCACUAGAUUUACGAUUAACUUCCGCUUUCAUCGUCCCAGCGGCACAUUUACAAGACUCCAUCAGUCUAUCAGUGAAGAAUGUUCAGCAAGCUUCAGAACAUUGGGCGCCAAUAGUUAUGCCAGAGAAGAAGAUCAAGGGCCCAACUGAUGAUGUAGUUGAAAUCAGACGUUCACUGUUUGGAAGCAGAAGACUGGAGUCGCUUUUGAUUGAUGCUGACUUUGCCGGAGCGGUUGUGCACCUUUCCGGGAAAAGAGCUACGGAAGAGUUGAGUGCAUCGGCUGGUCUAAAGCCAGAAAGACCUACUCUCGCUGGUAAAUAUGGACAGUUUAAUGCCGAUGAAGCUGGCAACAGCAUGGUACUUCGUACUCCUGGUUUGGCUUGGAAAACCGAAUACAGAGAUAAUGGUCGAGAAGAUCCGACCCUAUAUGGAGAGAUUAAGAUUGACCCGUCGCGAAAUAUCCUCUAUCCAACUAUUGUUCCUCUUGUCAUGGACAUUACGUCUAGUAUCAAGGAAGUUGUUGGCGAUGAUGCGCCGGAGUCGCCAACAGCGCAAACAGUAUCGAGCGAAGAUCAGGGCAAACCGAAGUCUAACAGCGAAGAAAACAAUAUUCUCACAGCAGAUCCAAGCGCAGUGUUAGGACGUGUGAAACUUAACUUGGGUCUGCGUAUUUGCAAACAGGAGUUUACUCUCAGCUGUCAGCCUAUUGGACGAGUUGCUGCCACAGCUCGAUUCGAUGAUAUUUAUAUCACAACGAAUACGGUUCAUUCGGUAGAACACGGAAACUUCUUCGCUAUUUCUGGUACUUUUAGCGGAUUUCACACGUCUGUACAGCACGUAUACUCUCGAGAAUCCACAGGCAGUUUCCAAGUUGAUUCAAUCGUCCUCUCCAUGAUGAACAGCAAGCACGUCAGUGGCACAAGUGGCGUCUCGGCUAUUCUAAAAGUAAGUCCGAUGGAGGUGGCGAUCAAUGCCAAGCAACUCCAGGAUUUCUUGCUCUUCCGAGAAAUAUGGAUGCCUCGAGAAGUGAGACAAGGUACAACGGCACCUGUUGCGACAGUCACAUCGGAAUCAAUAGCGCAGGGUCAUCUUGUACAAAGAUACCAGCAAGUUGCCGCCACAGCAGCAUUUCCUUGGACAGCCACAAUUUCUAUUGCUUCCCUCAAUGUUACCGUCGAUCUUGGACAAUCUCUAGGCAAGUCCAAAUUUGCUAUAACCGAGUUCUGGGUCUCGUCCAAGAAAACAUCGGAUUGGGAGCAAAACCUCUGCCUUGGAUUUGAAAGAAUCGGUGUGGACUGCACCGGUCGACUAAGCGGGUUCGUUACUCUUCAGAACUUCAAGCUGCGCACGUCAAUUGAAUGGCCAGAGCGUGAACAAGCAUUAAAUGAAACUCCGAGAAUCCAAGCCUCUAUUGGUUUCAGUCAAUUCAGACUCAAAGCCGCAUUCGAUUACCAAGCUUUCCUAGUCGCCGAUAUUACGAAGAUGGAAUUCCUUAUGUACAAUGUUCGUCAGGAAAGGAAAGCAUCUGGCGAUAGACUCGUAGCAACUCUCGACGGAGAAGCCGUCCAAAUAUUUGGCACUACGUCCUCUGCAGCUCAAAGCGUUGGUUUAUGGCAAGCCAUCCAGAAAUUAAUCCAAGAGAGGAGAUCAAAUUACGAGACCUCGCUCCGCGAAAUCGAAAGAUAUAUGAAGAGAAAAUCGUUGACAACACAACCAUCUACUCUGUCAACUACCCCAAGCAAAACACAAGCCGACAAAUCUGACAUAACGUCCCCUAUAUCUCUUAAUACAGACGUUGUAGUGACACUGAAGGCACUCAAUCUCGGCAUUUUCCCAAGCACAUUCUCAGAUCAUCAGGUCUUCAAGUUAGAAGCUCUGAAUGCGCAAGCGAGAUUCGCGGCAAACAUGGAAGACAAGCACAUUCGAAGCGACUUAGGCAUGACUCUCGGCCAACUGCGCAUAGGACUCGCAGGUGUACGUAGAAUCGAAGCACCGAAAGCAGCUAGCGAGAUCUCCGUCGAAGAUGUAGUAGCCAGCGCCACAGGCUCUAGAGGCGGAACCAUCCUCAAGGUCCCCAAGGUCGAAGCUAUGAUGCGAACUAGGCAGAAACCAGAAUCCCGCACUAUCGAAUACAUAUUCAAGAGCUCCUUCGAGGGUAAGGUCGAAGUCGGUUGGAAUUACUCACGCAUCAGUUAUAUCCGCGGGAUGUGGGCAAAUCACACCAAAGCCCUAGCACAGACUUGGGGCCGCGAGAUCCCGGCCAUGUCGGCGAUUAAAGUGACGGGUGUCCCAGAGCCCGAACAAGAAAGGAAAGAAGGUGGUGAACGCCAGAAGAUCACGGCAGAAGUCAACGUCCCACAAUCUAAAUACGAAUACAUAGCGCUCGAACCACCUGUCAUUGAGACACCACAGCUACGAGAUAUGGGUGAGGCUACACCACCGUUAGAGUGGAUUGGUCUUCACAGGGAUCGUCUACCAAAUCUUACGCACCAGAUCGUUAUUGUUUCACUACUUGAGUUAGCAGGUGAGGUUGAAGAUGCUUAUGCGAAGAUAUUAGGGUCUUCAUGAUACAUUUUAUAAGGGGAAGAAAGGGGGAGAAAGGGGGAGAAAUUAAUGAUAAUAAAGAUUGAGUUAUAGCAUAAAGGAGGUAGGGAGGGAAGAUAGAAAACAUCGUUCAUCAAUUCUCUCAGUCGAUCAAUUAGCAUAGCAGGGCGUAUUAGGGAAAUCAUUUUUAUUUUGUUUUCGGUGAGGGGAAAGGAAUAGAAGGACAGACAGACAUACACAUAAUGAAAUAGUUGCAAUUUGGAAUUGCCGAUAAAGAAUAGCAUUUUUCUCUUGUAUGAUUAAUUCGCAUGUUUAAGUUUGAAUUGUGUAUAGUCAAUGCCUAAUGCAGUGCUAACAAACAUCAAAAAUAUUCUAAAUUAAUACACAUCCACCCGUAUCAAACUACUUUAAUGUGACUUCCUUUUUGCGUCAUUGAGGGGGCAGUAGCUAUGCCAGAAGACA